AAGGUUAUGUUGAUUUAUAAAAGUUUUUUCGGAUGAAACUAAGACAUCAAGAGGACCUAUGUCAAUUGAUAAAUAGUUUAGUGAAGUAUUUAAUUUAAUAUUCUUCAUACAAUGACACUUUUUGAAUCUUUGUCAACUGGUCAGAGAGUUCGUACUGCCUUGCACCGGGAUGUUGUAGCUAUUUGCACAGAAGCUACUCACUGUCUUGGGUUGGAAAUAACGAGGCCAGCUACAGCAAUAAUAGCAGAACUCGUCUUUAGAAAAAUAUCGGUAUACGGAUUGGAUUUAGAAGCAUUCGCAAAACACGCGAAGCGUUCGGUGAUAAAUCAAGACGAUGUCAAAUUAUUAGCAAGAAGGAACAGUUCAUUGAAGGCACAUCUCAAUGGAUUAUGUAAAAAUACACACUCAUUAUCCAAAGAUAAACGUCGAAAGACAACAGUACCGAUUGUGAAAGCGGAAACGUCUAAGAAAGAAGUAGAUGAUGAAAAUCAAAUCAAGAAGCAAAAAACAAAUGUGGAUGAUAUAUUUAAUUUACCCGGACCAUCGAAAAGAUCGGAAAAUAUGAUAAUUGACGAUGCAGAUGAUGACCUCACAUUCAUAGAUUAAAUAGAUUAUUGUAAGAAAGAGAUGGAAAUAAUGUGUAAGAGACUUAAGUGUGAAUGUUUU